AUGGCAUUGGAUAGAAUAGUUACGGUUGUUGGUUUGCUGCUGCCGCUGAUUCAGUCGGCAACCAUUCCAGUGGAUCAGACGUUGAUGUUCAAAGAGAUUGAUUCGCUACUGCGGCGAUGUCCUUGCGUCCCUAUCAACACCUGCUACAGCCAAGGAGUUAACCUGAACGAGCAAACGUUCCUCAACUUGCACUUUCAUUGCCCGGAUCAUACGUUCAAUCACUGCUGUGGACCGUACUUUCCGACGCUUGGCAGUGAAGACUUCUAUUUUGAUGAAGGAUCAAAGCAUAAAAAUGAAUCGCGAAGAUCAGCGGUAAACACGGAGGAUUCAAUGAUGAUUGUAAUGGCUCAGAAUUCCACGACCGAAAGACCGGAAAUACUUACUAAGGUGGUCCUAGUCUAUCCCGAAUCAACGACGACGAAAACGACAACUAUGGAAGUUCCUGAGGAGACGACCACUGAGUUCACUACUCUGGAUUCAACAAGCAGUAACACUGAGACUACGAUGAUGGACGAGGAAACCACUACGGAGCCAGUCACAACUACGACGGUACCUUCUACUACAGAGUCAACGACAACAACGACGACCACUGCCAAGAGUGCGCUAUCGACGCAAUCCCAACGGAAGGCAAGGCUACAGAAUCGUCCACCCUUGCUGAAGAAAGAUCUGCAAAAAAUCAGAUCUACAAAAGCUCCAAGAACAAGCACCUCAACUACUACUAGUACUACGACGACUACGACUACAAGCACAACUUUGUCACCAGUAGCACGGAGAUUUCCCACGCGGAAAGCCCUCAACGACUCGGAGUUCCAUCGACAAUUCGUGAUGUCCCGAUUGAGGAUGCUUGCCAAAUCAUCGACCACAACGACUACGGAGCAGCCCAUGCCCAUGCCGAUGUAUAUGCCAAUGCCCAUGCCCAUGCCUAUGCCUGUUAUGUACUACGACGAUGACUAUGACGACGAAGAAGAUGACUCUUACGAAGACCGAUAAACAAGAAUUUCUCAACUGAUCAAU